UUGCUCUCUAGACUCAUACAUCGCCAUCGCAGUCACCGUCUUCUUCUUCUUCCCCGUCUUUUUUGCUCUCUUUCGAGGGUUCUUUCGUGGAGAACAGCGCAGAUUUGAUCUCCCGGGGUAUUUUGAGCUGCACCCAUGUCUAAAGUCUUCGGCUUUUCCGGAGGUGAUGAUUUUUGCCCUGGGGGGUCAAUAUAUUCCAACCCCAAGGAAGCAAGUUUCUUCCUGUCUCUUGGCCAUGAAGUUGAUGUUUACUUUCCUCCUCGGAAGAGAUCACGCAUCAGUGCGCCAAUUGUUUUCAAUGGAGAAUGGUUUGAGCAGAUGCAGAAAACAUCUAUUGAAGCUUUGCCAGAUGAAUGCCUCUUUGAGAUCUUUAGAAGGUUGCCUGUCGGCAAAGAAAGGAGUGCAUGUGCUUCUGUGUCUAAGCGCUGGCUUAUGCUUCUAAGCAAUAUCUGUAAGAAUGAAAUCUGCAGCAACAAAAAUACCCUCCUAGAGGAGAGUGAAAAGGAGGGUGAUGAUGAAGAAUUUGGAGGUGAGGGUUACCUCUCUCGAAGCUUGGAAGGAAAGAAGGCAACGGAUGUUAGACUUGCUGCCAUUGCUGUUGGAACUGCAUCUCGAGGAGGAUUGGGGAAGCUUUCAAUCCGUGGAAGCAACAUGGAUCGUGGGGUGACUACUCUAGGUCUCAAAGCAGUUGCUCAUGGAUGUCCUUCUUUAAAGGCUCUUUCUCUAUGGAAUGUUGCUACCAUUGGUGAUGAAGGCCUAAUUGAGAUUGCUAAUGGAUGUCAAAAGCUAGAGAAGCUUGAUCUUUGCAAGUGCUCCUCAAUUUCUGACAAGGCUUUAGUUGCGGUUGCAAAGAACUGCCCGAAUCUGACCGAGUUAUCAUUAGAAUCUUGUCCUAACAUUGGUAAUGAAGGUCUACAAGCUAUUGGGAAGUUCUGCUCCAAUCUAAGGUCUAUAUCUAUCAAGGACUGCGCUGGUGUUGGUGAUCAGGGAAUUGCUGGCCUGUUUUCUUCAACUUCUUUGGUUCUGACAAAGGUGAAGCUCCAGGCACUGACUGUUUCUGAUCUCUCUCUUGCUGUUAUUGGACAUUAUGGCAAGACCGUUACUGAUCUUGUCCUUAAUUUCCUCCCAAAUGUCAGUGAGAGGGGGUUCUGGGUUAUGGGUAAUAGUAAUGGAUUGCAGAAACUAAAGUCACUCACAAUUGCAUCAUGCAGAGGGGUAACAGAUAUUGGGCUUGAAGCUGUAGGAAAGGGAUGUCCAAAUCUGAAAAGUGUACACCUUCAUAAGUGUGCAUUUCUUUCAGACAAUGGGUUGAUAUCAUUCACCAAGGCUGCUUCAUCACUUGAGAGCCUGCAAUUGGAAGAGUGCCACAGAAUUACCCAAUGUGGGUUUUUUGGUGUCCUUUUCAACUGUGGCACUAAAUUGAAGGCUCUUUCUCUGGUAAGCUGCUAUGGAAUCAAUGAUCUGAAUUUGGUAUUGUCACCGGUAUCUCCUUGUGAAUCUCUCCGUUCAUUAUCCAUCCGGAACUGCCCUGGAUUUGGCAAUGGUACCCUUUCUGUACUGGGAAAGCUGUGCCCUCAGAUUCAGCACAUUGAAUUGAGUGGACUCGACGGAGUGACAGAUGCAGGGUUUCUUCCACUGGUUGAGAGCUCUGAGGCUGGUCUGGUUAAAGUUAAUCUUAGUGGUUGCAUAAACCUUACAGAUAAAGUAGUUUCAUCCUUGGUCAAUCUGCAUGGUUGGACCCUUGAGAAUCUGAACCUUGAUGGUUGUAAAAAUAUUGGUGAUGCAAGCUUGAUGGCAAUUGCUGAAAAUUGCUCAUUGCUUUGUGACCUUGAUGUUUCCAAGUGUGCAAUCACUGAUGCUGGGAUAGCAGCCCUGGCACAGGCGAAACAAUUAAAUCUGCAGAUUCUUUCUUUGUCAGGUUGCACUUCGGUUUCAGACAGGAGCUUGCCGGCUUUGAGAAAAUUGGGCCACACCCUAUUGGGACUAAAUAUCAAGCAUUGCAAUGCAAUCAGCAGCAGCACUGUUGACAUGCUUGUGGAACUUCUCUGGAGGUGCGACAUCCUUUCUUGAGCUGGAAGAAUUAAUAUCGCUGUGCAAUUUAAGCCAGGAUCAGAACAAGCAGGAGGCUUGUUAGACAGCUGUUAUGAUUAGUAUUUCACAGUAGUUUUUGGGUCCAUUAACUGUGGGUCUUGAUCAUCCAGUGACUCGGUUCCCUUUUUCCAGAGUAUGCAGUCAUUUAACCUUUUUUUUUUGCAGUUUCCUAUAAUUGGAAAUCUGUUAGAAGUUUUUUUGGCAUCCUGUUGUGGAUAGCCACCUUUUAAAUGGCUGUAUAUCUCUGAGAACAUAGCCACCGGGUUCUGGAGUUAGGAAUCUUUCUUACUGAUGUUGGCACCUGAUGUUUUUAGCUCCGCUUUGCAUCAGUUUUGCCACCAUGUGCGUUUUAGUUCCCCAUCUAAGUUUUUUACAGUUAUCUGUAUCAGAGUCUGUCUAAAGUUGUUUACCACAUAUGCCACGUUUUUGAACCAUGUUCUUCACGUGAUGUUUGGGUCUCCCUUUUAUUCAAGGGGCAGUUUUAUAUUGCAGUGUAUGUGCUGUUUUUAGGCUGGUUGCAGUUGUCAGUUCAGAGUUAUGAUGCCUUGUCUUUUCUGGGGCUUUGGCCGUGGCAGCAAGUUAUACGGGUCUGUCAUGACAAUCUUCUCCCUUUGGGAAGGAUUGUUUUUUAUACCAAGCCCUAGUUUUUUUAGGCUUCAUUUUUUAUGAACUUGUCACUGCAACUUCUAUAUUGUGUGAUGAUGUUGAAAUCUGCCCUUUGUGCUGUAUGUUAUAUUGUGAAAAGUAAUGAAAUAAAAUUUGCAGUCUCAUUCC